CGAGUGAAGAGAAGCCCGAGGCGUCACUUGAGGGGGCUGUGGGCGAGCUGCCGGCGGCGCCCGGGGAAGCGGCAGGACCCGGAGAGGCCGGAGCGCGGAGUCUCCACAAGCCUUCACAAUUUCUUCGGUCCUCUUCUUUUUAAUGGGCAGAGGAGAAGCAGCCAUACAUACUCCUUCCUUAGCACUUGUCUCCUUGAGUUCAUGUGCAAGUCCAGAAGCACAACGGUGCUUGAUUUUGUUUUAAUUGCUAAGCCACAAAGACUGCAGCCAUGUCUCUGGAAGACAUCCACAUGAAUACCAAGGAUUUGCUUGAAAAAAAACAAUUAGAUGCUGGAGGAUUUGGAACAAUUUCUUUAUGCUUUCACAAGAAACAUGGAUAUGUAGUAUUAAAGAAAGUAUAUACAGGACCACAGCGCACUGAGUACAAUGUUUCCCUUCUUGAAGAAGGCAGGAUUAUGCGCAGACUGCAGCAUGACCGUGUGGUAAAGCUACUCGGUGUCAUUUUGGAAGACGGAAAUUACUCGCUUGUGAUGGAGUACGUGGACCGUGGGAACAUGAUGAAAGUGCUACAGAAUCUCUCACUACCUUUGUCAGUGAGAGGGCGUUUUGUGCUGGAGAUCACAGAAGGAAUGCUUUAUCUGCAUGAGCAAGGCUUUGUACACAAAGACCUAAAACCAGAAAACAUCCUUGUGGACAGAGACUUCCAUAUUAAGAUUGCAGAUCUCGGCGUUGCCUCUUUUAAGAGCUGGAGUAGGCUGACCCAAGAAGAAACAGUCCGACAGAAGCAAAUGAAGAGCACUUGCCAGAACAAUGCUGGGACACUUUUCUAUAUGGCCCCAGAGCAUUUACGCUCUGUUAAUGUUAAACCAGUGGAGAAAUCAGAUGUUUACAGCUUUGGCAUUGUGAUCUGGGCAAUUUUUGCUAGCAAAGAGCCAUAUGAAAAUGGUAUAAAUGAAACCCAGAUUUGCUUUGGCAUCAUGAAUGGAAACAGACCAGACAUAAAGGAGAUCACUGAUAAAUGUCCAGUGGAAAUUAUUGACUUAAUGAAGCAAUGCUGGGAUGAAGAUUCAGAGAAACGUCCAACCUUUGCAGAAAUCAGUGGAAGAUACAAGCCAUUUUACUAUCAAAAUCUAGGAAAAAAUAUAGAAGAAGAUCUGAAAAAUUUAAAAAAAAUGUGGCCUGAGUCAAAUGAACUGCUGCAUAGCAUGGAAUCCCUUCAAAUAGAUGCUGUACCAGAAGAUACCAGCAAUGGUCAAGUAGAUCAGCCUAAUUCUCUACACAGCUCUCAAGGUCCCAUGACCAGUGAGGUUAAUGUUGCUCUGCUUGCUGCCUACCCUGAGAACCAGCCUAUAGAGAGCUGUGAGACCUCAUUUCCAUCUGCUGAUAAUCUGGAAAGAAAACUUCAGCAUGAAUACAACUACCACGCGUUUGGGAGCCGGAUGGAUAAAGCAGUUCCACCUGUGGUAUACAGCCCUGGAAUGAUAGAGGAGGAAAGGAGACGGAGAGUUUCCUGUGAUCCGUUUGCAAAGCCAUCUCCUACUUCUCAGAGGAAUGAACUAUAUCCAAGAGCUGAAAAAACAGGAUCAAACACUAAUCCAUAUUUCUGGGCAAACACUGAUCCAAAUAUCUGGCCACAGGCAGCUGCAACAACACCAAAAAGGGGAAAUGUAGAUGUUUUUUACGGGCCCAGUCCCAACAGUCUUCCAACAGGAAACCCAGUGGAUGCCUAUGGGUUGUGUUCAGCCAGCAACUUUAGCCUAAGUAAACCUCCUGUGCCAGAAUCUGGACAAAACCAGCAGUCACAGACAAAUGUAAACCGGUAUUCAAAGAAUUCAGACACAGAUACAGGUUACAGGGAUUCCACUUCUUUCACAAGGGGAACGUUUCCAUACUAUCCUAGUGCAUCCAGAGUAAGCCCAGUUCCUUAUACAGAUGAUUCAAUCAAGUACAACAUAAAUAACAGCUCUGGAAUUCAAAUUGGAUCCUACAGUCACAUGAAGAUUGAAGAGCAGAACCCACAUGUCAGCACUUGUCCUGUUGCUAUGGAAGCAAUUUAUACACAUUAUAAAGCAAUGGGUACAUUUGACAAUACUACUGUCCUGACAGAAAAGCAUUUGAAUCUAGUGAGAGAAAAGCUGGCUAAGCAGUGGAAGCACUGUGCUCGGAAACUGGGCUUCAGUGAUCCCGAGAUAGAUGAAAUUGAUCAUGACUAUGAACGAGAUGGACUAAAAGAAAAGGUUUACCAAAUGCUGCUGAAAUGGGUAAUGAGGGAAGGCUCUAAAGGUGCUACAGUUGGAAAACUUGCCAAGGCCCUCUUUGGCUGCCAAAGACUGGAUCUCCUUAGUACUUUGAUGCAAAUCCAAGAAGAAUAAGUUUACUGAGAACAGACUUUCUAGAGCUCUCCUUUUUGCACAGACUUUUGGGAACGUAUCUUUUUAACCAACCAGUUCUCAGUGAGUACCUCCAAUAAAUCAAAAAGUUCACGUCA